AUGAACAAAAUGUCCGUUUUGGAGCUGGAUGACUGUUCUCAUUUGCAAGACCUGCCCCCCGAUCUCUGGCGCCUGGGCAAACUAAAGUCGCUCACCUUCUUUGGGACUCCAGCCUAUGACCACCUAUCGCGAAUGCUGGUCGGGGGUCCUAGCACACCUACAGCACAGCACAAGGACACCAAUCCAGGUGAUCGCAUCCUCAAUACAGCAACCGUUCUGGCUUACUUGCGGGCUCUGCCUCGUUGUUCAUUUGAAUCGUCAUUGGGCUCCUGUGUGGACAAAAUCAAGAUGACGCAAGUGUCUCAGUACCGUUUUGUGAUUAACUGCAAGUACUCCUCCGAAAUCGCGACUGUUCCUCGUUGUCAAAUUCAUGUAAUUUAA